GACAGGGAGGGGCGGAGGUGGAGUGGGGUGGUGUGGGACCCACCUCUGGGCGAGCGGCACCAGUGGCAGCACACAGCCCCCCCUCGCCCUCGCACCCUACGCGUGUGCUGCCGCGCAUCAAGGCGGCGGGGUACAACGCGGUGCUGCUGCUGGGCAUCAUGGAGCACCCCGACUAUGCCUCGCUGGGCCUCAAGGUGUCGAGCCCCUUUGCAGUGAGCAGUCGCUUUGGCUCCCCUGAUGCUUUUAAACGACUCGUCGACACGGCACAUGGCAUGGGGCUGCUGGUGAUGAUGAGCGUGGUGCACUCCCAGGUCGGGUCGUACGAGGCCUUUGGUCUGCUCAACUUCGACGGCCAAGCCAACUCCUUCAUCCGCCCAGGCAAGCGCGGGUACCACAAGCGGGUGGGCACGCGCAUCCCUGACUUCAGCAACUACGAGGUCAAGCGCUACCUGCUCUCCAACCUGCGCUGGUGGGCGGAGGAGUAUCGGUUGGACGGCAUGCUAUUCCACGCGCUGCCAGCCAUGGUCUACUUCCACAAUGGAUACUCUCACUUCGAACGCGGGGUGGAGGAGUUCUUCGGAGCAGCAGUGGACGAGGAUGCGUUGGCAUACCUGGUACUGGCCAACGACAUGCUGCACCAACUCAACCCUGCCUUCCUCACCAUCGCCCAUGACGCGACAGUAUACCCGGGGUUGUGUGCGGGGACGCAUGAGGGCGGGCUGGGGUUUGACCUGCGGCUGAAUGGUGGGCCCAUGGAGAUGUGGCCGUGGCUGCUGCACCACGCGUGGCAGGGGGGCGAGGCAACGCCUGGGCACACGCACUUGGAGGAGUGGAGCAUGGAGGAGAUGAUGCUCACAUUGCUGCAGCAGGGCUGUGGGGAGCGCACCCUUGUGUGCGCCGAGGGCCACCUGCAGGCAGUAGCGGGAGACCCUCUAGCGCACACACUGAUCGGCCGAUACAUGCCCGAUGAAGAGGAGCGGCAACCAGGCACACACUUGUCAUUGUCAGCAGCAGCACCAUCAGCAGCAGCACCAUCAGCAGCAGCACCAUCAGCAGCAGCACCAUCAGCAGCGUGGUAUCAGCUACCUCAAGUGCACCGCGGCGUGGCUCUCUACAAAUUGAUUCGGCUGAUAACGCUGUCAGCAGCGGGGGAUGCAUACAUGUCGUUCAUGGGAAAUGAGUUCGCCCACCCACAUCGCCUGCAUCUGACAUCAAGGCCGCAUGAGGGCUCGUCGCAGUGCUGCUGGCAACUGCAGGAGGACGCCCGCAGCCCGUUCGCACACAUCGCUGCAUUUGAUAGGGCGGUGAUGGCGUUGGACGAGAGGGAGGGAGUGCUGGCGCUGGAGAAGCCUCACAUGCGCCAUGUCAGCGAGGAGCACCGGGUGGUGUGCUUCACACGUGGACCGCUGCUCUUCCUCUUCAACUUCCACCCCUCGCGCUGCUUUGCCUCCUUCUCCAUCGCGCUGCCUCGUGCCGGCGAGUACACUCUACUGCUGGACUCAGAAGCGCGGGAGUAUGGGGGAGGUCACCACGCGCAUGGCAUCCACGCGCUGCCCACAGUGCAAGCCACUCCCACGCCACUGCCUCCCCACUCGCAAGUUUAUCGCAGGGGAGCCACAGCCUCCUUUGCACUGCCUGCUCUCACUGCUCAGGUGUACCGCUUGGAUAGAAUCUGGGAGGUUUCACAGUCGACCCCGCUAUCCGCCAAGAUGAAUGCGCCAGAUCGCUAUGAGCGCUUCGUGCUCCCCGAUGGCAUGAAAAAGGUGUCGUAUGAGCGCGACACCAAGGUGUUGAACGCGGCGACGCUGGUGAUACAGAGGGAGGACCACACCAUCGGCAACCUGCUGCGCAUGCAGCUACACAGAGACCCCCAUGUGCUCUUCGUGGGCUACCGCAUUCCUCACCCGCUCAAGUAUGAAGUGCAGUUCAAGAUCCAGACAACGAGCCAGUCUUCUCCGCAGCAGGCGUACAACACAGCCCUCACUGCCCUCGAUGGAGAAAUGCUGCAACUCAAGGCUUCCUUUCAAGAGGCAGUGAAGCAAUGUCAUCACAUCACUGCCGAGGGUACGCCGGUGAGGGGUCCGUACCGAUUCUCAGGUUUCACCCGCGAGGGGUCCUCCUAUCGCUCCGCACUUCCCCUCCUCCCACAUCCCACCAUCAUGGCAUCCGCGCCCUCACCUCCCCCCGCCGACAAAGCCACGUCCCCAUCGCCCGCUGCGCCCUCCUCCGCGGAGCUUCCGCCCUUCGCUUCCCCCUUGAGCACCGCAUCCCCCGCGACCAGCGCAGCCCCGCAAGCGGACGGCCAGGCGCCGCGGCAAGAGCUCCACGGCGGGAAGGCACCUGCCGCAGUGGCGGCGGCGGCGGAGGCGGCGGGAGGGGGGGAGGUGGCGUGCGGGAAGGAGGCGGUGGAUCUGCUGAACUGCGUGGCGGAUGCGCGCACGGACCUCUCCAAGUGCACCGCGCUCAUGGGCGCCCUCCGCCGAUGCGCCGCCCGCGAGAAUGUCAAGAGCUUUUCCCUUCCGACAACGUAA